AUGUAUCAAGGGAUAUACCAUGGUUCUAAAAAACAUGAGCCCGAUUUAGAGAUGGUUUUAAACCGCAGCUGGGCUGCUGGAAUGGAUAAAAUGAUUAUCACCGGCGGUAGUCUCGUGGAUAGCAAAAAGGCUAUUGAACUCUCUGGUACUGACUCACGAUUAUUUUCUACCGUAGGAUGUCACCCAACACGAUGUAAUGACUUUGUUCAGGACUCGGACGCAUAUCUCAAUGAUCUUAGACAAUUGAUAAAAGAAAAUAGAGACAAAGUUGUGGCAAUUGGUGAAUGUGGACUUGACUAUGAAAGAUUACAUUUUUGUGUGAAGGAUGUCCAACUAAAAUAUUUUGAAUUGCAAUUGCAACUGAGCAAAGAAUUCCAACUGCCUCUGUUUCUUCAUUGCCGAGCGGCGGCAGACGAUCUUGUUGACAUAUUGAGCAGGAACAAGGAACAUGUAAUAGGUGGUGUGGUGCAUUCUUUUGACGGAUCGCAGGAGGCAUUGGAUAAGAUUCUUAAUUUAGACUUGUAUAUUGGUAUCAAUGGAUGCUCACUCAGGACUAAAGAAAAUUUAGAAGUAGCAGCUAAGAUACCCCAGGACAGAUUAAUGAUAGAAACAGAUUGCCCGUGGUGUGAAGUGAAACCCACUCACCCUGGUUAUAGCCAUGUCAUCACAAAGUUUCCCUCUGUCAAGAAGGAAAAAUACUCUGUUGACUCAAAUAAUCAAGUAAAAGGGAGGAAUGAACCUAUAAAUAUUGUGCAAGUUCUGGAGAUACUGUCUGCAAUAAGAAAAGAAAAUAUCGAUGAACUAGCAGAUGCCAUUUAUAAAAACACAAACAAAUUGUUCUUUAGUAAUAAGUAUUAGUUCGAUAGUAGUUGACUAUUUAUCAGCCAUAUUUUUAAUAUUUAUUUGAAUUGUAUACAUUAAAACUUUUUUUAGCAUUGAAAUAAAGGUAGCAUUGUUUAUCAAAUAUAAUAUUUCAAUUUCUUAA